AUGAAAUGGUGCAUGGCGGUGGAGUGCAGGGUGCGAGAGGCGAGAGGGAGAACAGAUAGCACUUUGUUGGACAUGGCUCCCGCGGCGCCUACACGAUGCUUCUUCGACAUAUCGAUCGGUGGCGAACCAGCCGGGAGGAUGGUGUUCAAGCUCUACACCGAGACGGUGCCCUUGACCGCCGAGAACUUCCGAUGCCUGUGCACCGGCGAGAAGGGAGAGGGCAGAACCACGGGUAGGAUGCUGCACUACAAAGGUGUCCCCUUCCACCGCGUGAUUCCAGGGUUCAUGUGUCAAGGAGGCGACUUCGAGAGGCGCAACGGCACCGGCGGCGAGAGUAUCUACGGUGGGAAGUUCAAGGACGAGCCGGCUGGCCUGAAGCUCAAGCACAACAAGAAGCACCUGCUGUCGAUGGCCAACGCCGGCAAGAACAGCAACGGCUCUCAGUUUUUCAUCACAACCCACCCGGCGAGCCACCUGGAUGGACUCCACGUAGUGUUUGGAGAGCUCGAGUCCGGUGCGGACACGCUUGUGAAGAUGUCCGAGGUUGAGACCGAUAAGAAGGACGCUCCGAUCUCCCUCCAGAGGGUUAUCAUCGAAGACUGCGGGGAGCUCCUCCCCAGCCGCAGCUCCUCCUCCAAGCAUCACCGUCGCCACAGCAGCCGCGACGUCGGGAGGGAAGAGGAGGCUGGCGGGGGCGACAGCGACGACGGUAGGGCGAACGGGGUAGGGAGCGGGAUGAAGAAGAGGCAAAGCGGUGGUGCCGCAAGAGGCACUCCGGACAAAAAGAAGGAGAAGAGGGACCGGAAGGCGCUGAAGAAGGAGAGGAAGAAGGAAAAGAAGGCCGAGAAGAAGCGCCUCAAGAAGAGCAAGAGGAAGGGCGAGGAGGGAGAAGGCAAGAAGAAGCAGAAGAAGCACCGCCGUCACCACCGCCAUCACGACGACUCCGACGGCGGCAGCAGCUCGUCCGACGACUCCAGCGGCGACGAGUCGGACGCGUCCGGCGGGGGGGCGGACCGCAGGCGCCGCAAGCGCGAGAGCAAGAAGGCCAAGCACGCCGCCAAGAAGUCGAUCAGCAAGGACGCCAAGAAGAAGGAGAAGCGAGCCGUCCAGAGCAGCGGCAGCGGCAGCAGCAGCGGUAGCAGCAGCGACGAAGACGAUAACGCCCCCCGCGGCGGUGGCGGCGGCGGCGGCGGCGGCGGCGGCGGCGGCGGUCACGGGAAGGGGGGUGACCACCACCGCGCAGUCGGGAACGGGGUGUCGGCCGCGAGCAAGGAGAACGGCUCUCGGUCUUCCAAGCCGGCGAACGGCAGCAGCAGCCGCCACACCGCUCCGGAGGGGAGGCGAGCCGCAAGCCCGUCGCCGCCGAAGAGAGCAGCAGCAACCGGGCGCCAUGGGAGGAGCCGCAGCCGCAGCCGCGGCAGCAAGAGCCCCGCCGCGCGGCAGGACAAGAGCACCAGCAACGCCCAGGAUGCGCCGGACGACGGACGCACCCGCUACAAGGGCCGCGGUGGCCGCGUGUACCGCACUCCUUCCCCCGUGCGCGGCGGCAAGGCGGACAGGGACAGGGACGACGGGUACAACAACCGGCCCCGCGAUGGUGGUGGCCGGGACGGCGGCGGGCGGUACGGGGACCGAAGUGGAGCGUGGGACCGCGACCGGCGCGACCGCGAUCUCGACAACAGGGGAGGGGGGGCGCGCGGCCGGGCUGAACUACGGCGCCCAGGCGGGGCGGCGCCGCAGCAGCAGGAGCAGGAGCAGGAGCAGGAGCAGGAGCAAGAGGAGGGGUGGCGGGGACAGAGGAGGCAGGCGAGGAGGGCGAGACUCCCGCUCGCCGCCUGCUCGGAGGAGGUCGCCCGUCCGCCGUGGCGGCGGCCGGCGGGGCUCCCGGAGCCCGGCCCCUCGCGCCCGGAGGUCUCGCUCCCGGUCGUCCUCGCGCAGCAAGAAGAGGCGCUCUAGGUCGAGUGGUCGUAGCAGCCGGUCCGACUCGCGCUCCCCGCCAGCAAGGAAGAGACGCGCGACGAGCAGGAGCGAGAGCGGGAGCAGCCGUAGCCGUAGCAGGAGCGGGAGCCGGAGCCGGAGCCGGAGCCAGAGUAGCCAUAGCAACAAAAGUGGUAGCGGGACCGGGGGCAGUGACAGCGACAGCGUCAUCAGUGAGUGAGGAAUGAGCGGGCGAAGUGUGGUGUGUCAGACUGACAGCAGGAUCGGCGUCGUUCAUGAAACGACACCAGCGAACGACGUUUUUUUUUGUUUUUCUUGAUGUGAUUUGGGUUGGACAAAUCCUUUCGCUGCUGCUUCGUUGUCGGCAUGAAAAAACGUGUCGGACUCGUUGAGGACAGCAGCAGUCAGAGCUUUCGGUUUGCGGUGUCUUUGUGCGUGCGAGGCUAGAGAGUAGAGUAGGACUACGGUGGUACGAAGACCUCGUAUGCUGCAGUACUUAGGUGAAAAGGGGGGGAGUGAGGCACGGAAGGAUGUAUUUUAAAGAUUUAGGUAAGGGUGCAAAUGGGUUUGCCAAGCUGCCAACAAGGUCGACUUGACAAUCUUUCUGAAUCGAAUCGCAGCAGGGAGGGAGUGCCUCCAGAUAAUCAAGGGGCAGAUUAGGGCAGUUGUGGCUAGCCUCGUUUUGACCUUGUGCUUGGGAGCCUUAGCAAACAUGCAGAUGUUACGUUAGUAUCCGUUCACAACUGGCAUGGUGGGAAUCGUCACAUGAGAGCAUCAUCGACCGCCUGCGGAAGGCAACAUUCGUUUUCCUUACGCGCAAGAGGGAGGCAAAAACGAUAACAGGGGAAGUCAAAUUUAUUUUCGUCGUUGGCGGGGGUUCGAGGGAAACUGCAUACCGACGGCGGCUUUUCGCCUGUGGCAUGGCAUGACGAGUAUUUUCAUGCAAAGCUUUGGUUGUACUUUUUACUAAGGUCUUUUCUAGGAGGGUGCGUUGGGUAACGAAGCCCAGGGUCUGAACGAGGGCCUGGGCGACGGGGUGUUGAUUGGCACGUCUAAAAAAAACUGUUUUCAAAGCAAGAGGAAACCAAUCACUGCCCGGACUGGUACACCGACCAUGCUCCCACAAGCGGGGGCGCACCGCACAAUUAACGCGCGAGCGAGGUUGGGGGCGAUUGGGUUGCGUUCGGCCCACGGACUGCGUAUAACCGUGAGGGGUGGCUUGAUAUUUUCGGCCGCAAAGGUAGGCAGCUUGUGCGCACCAGAACGUUUUGAGCGCGCCAUUUGCUUGCAUUGCUUGGUGGAAUGAAACGAACGAAUGCGUCCACGGUCUGUUCGGCGGCGUCAUGAGAG